CUGACCAAUCACAGCAGACACCGGCUCACCGUGACACUCUCCACGAGAGACUGUCUGAGACCUGUAGCUGAUGCAAUACUGAUGGUGGAAGAAGGUGUCUGUCCAGUGAUAGAUUUACACCUGAUCCUGUUGAACUCUGAUGUAGUUUAGGAGCAAACGGUUCCCUUACCUGUUUCUUUCCCCUUUAUUCUAGAGGAUUAGGGCGUGAGUAGAAGAUGCGGUCCUGUGUAAGAGCUCUGAGUGGGGCGGUGCAGCGGGUUCUCCUGGCUCCAGUCUGUGGCUUUCAGCCUCUCGCUGUUGUAGCUCGCAGUGUCAGUUUCUCUCCGUGCCAAGUCACAUCCAAUGCCAGUUUUCACUCAGUGUCCUCUGGAUCGGAUCAUCCCAGAGUUCUCAUUACCGGGGGUCUGGGUCAGCUGGGAGUGGGUCUAGCCAAACUGCUCAGGAUGCAGUUUGGAAAAUAUAAUGUAAUUCUGUCUGAUAUCAGGAAACCCCCAAAUCAUGUUUACCAAAGCGGUCCUUUUAUAUAUUCCGACAUUUUGGACUACAAAAACUUGCGUGAGAUUGUUGUAAACAACCGCAUCACUUGGUUGAUACAUUACAGCGCCGUUCUGAGUGCAGUCGGAGAGGCCAAUGUGUCACUCGCUCGUGACGUCAACAUCACUGGGUUGCACAACGUUCUUGACAUUGCCGUCGAACAUGGGCUCCGUCUUUUCAUCCCCAGUACUAUUGGAGCCUUUGGCUCCUCCUCCCCUCGUAACCCCACCCCUGAUCUGUGCAUCCAACGACCACGAACCAUUUACGGAGUGUCCAAGGUUCACACUGAGCUAAUGGGAGAGUAUUACCAUCACAGGUUUGGUCUUGACUUCCGCUGUCUCAGAUACCCAGGAAUCAUUUCUGCAGACUCUCAACCUGGUGGAGGAACUACAGACUAUGCUGUCCAGAUAUUCUACGAUGCUGUGAAAACGAGUAAAUUUGUGUGCAAUCUGAGGCCUGACACAAGACUCCCCAUGAUGUUCAUUGAUGACUGUCUGAGAGCCACACUGGAGGUUCUGGAAGCCCCUGCUGAGAUACUCAGUAUGCGCACAUACAAUAUCAGCGCCAUGAGCUUCACUCCAGAGGAGCUGGUACGAGAAAUCAGGAGGCACCUGCCAGACCUGCAGGUCACAUAUAAGAUUGACCCAGUUCGACAGGCCAUUGCUGACAGCUGGCCCAUGAUCUUGGAUGACGCCAGUGCCCGCAGUGACUGGGGCUGGAAGCACGACUAUGGUUUGCCAGAGCUGGUUCAGACGAUGCUUAACUUCACUGGAUCAGACUCCAGAAUGUCUCAAGCAAACUAAGCACCAUCUGCUAUUAUGUGUUUGAGGUUUUUAGGACCUAAUGGAAGGGAUGGUAAUUGGGCCCUGUAGUGCACUAAGAUUAAUGAAGGUCAAACUUUCUGCCUUUUUCCAUAUGUAGCAUGUAUUUGCACAGUUUUUCCUGGUAAAGUAAAGAUAAACCAAAGAUUUACAGGGUUCAAUUAUAUAAGCUUUAAAUUUGUCUUGUGAACUAUUUGUUCUGUAGCAGGCAGUGUGAAAUAAUUAGCUUUGGUUCUUUUAUCAGUGAAUAUACUGAACUCGGAACAAUACAUUCUUUAUUUGCUUUGCUAGAAUGAUUUACACUACCGUUAUUUUUUAAAAUUUUUUUGGGUUCAGUAAGAUUUUUUUUAAUUAUAUUUUAAAAGAAAUGAAGGCUUUCAUUCAGAAAGGACACAUUAAAUUGAUAAAUUGUGACAUUCAUAAUGUUGCAAAAAAUAAAAAAAAUAAAAAUGCUAUUUCAAAUAA